AUGCGGGCGAGGGCUGAAUACGCGACAGCUAAAAUAGCGGUGUGGUGGGACAUGAAGGACUGUCCGAUUCCGGAUUGGUAUGAUGCUAGUCAGAUCCGACAGAGACUAGAAGGGGCGUUCAUGGAACGAGGCUACUCUGGUCCAGUCUCCAUCACUGCCUAUGGUGACCAAACAAAAACCUGCGAUUUCAACCUAAAAGGGCUCUUUUACACUGGAGUCUCUGUAGCACACACCAGAUCCGAAAGCAUAAAGUACGUCAUGCAUCGGGACAUGGUGGAAUGGCGAGGUCAGAAUCCUCCUCCGGCAACAAUGAUGAUCAUAUCAGAUGAGCUGCAAGGUGUCUUCGAUUGGGAUCUGCUCCGGCUACAACAACGGACGCGAUACAACCUUUUUCUGGCUUAUUCAUUUGAGGUGCCUAAUGUUGCAAUUAUCCUCUCCACAAGUGCAGAGUGGUGCUGGAAACGUUUACUAAAUAGUAAACCAAGCAGAUUACGUGCUGUUCAAUGUGCCAAGUUGUAUUGCAGUUCGUGCAAUUUCGAUUGCCGGAACGUGAAUAAAUUCAAGAAGCAUCUCUCGAGUUAUAAGCACUUACGACAAGAGGAUGUAAACCCUACGUGCGACGAAGUCAUACGUGUAACGGAGAGCUGGGGAAUGAACUACAAGGCUACUCCUGAAUACGCCACAGCUAAAAUACAGGUGUGGUGGGACAUGAUCGCUUGUCCGCUUCCCCAAGGUUAUGAUGCUCGUCGGGUCCGUCCCAGUCUAGAAGCAGCAUUUAAGGAACUAGGCUACUCUGGUCCUGUCUCAAUCACUGCCUAUGCCGACCAUAACCAUACUCCCCUCCAAGCUCUCUCUUCCACUGGUGUGGAUGCUGUGCACGUCGUUCCCUAUUUCACAGGCGUGUCCUCAGAUGUGCAGAAGUGGCAUGAUAAGAAUCCUCCUCAGGCUGCUGCUAUAAUGAUGAUCAUAUCGAAUCAUGUGCAUUUGUAUGAAGAUUUGCUUGUCAAUCUACUCCAAGAGAAUAAUUACAACCUUUUUGUGGCUUAUUCAUUUAGGCCUACCAAAAUGUCAUUCCUCCUCACUUCUGCAGAGUGGCUCUGGGACAGAUUACUUUCAGUUUCAGAGAAAAGUGCACAGUUUCUUCAGAAGUGCAGUGAAAGUGAAAGCGGUGAACCUAGAGCAAUGUUUUAUUGCAAAUUCUGCAGCUUUGCUACCAAAAGCAUUGAUAAUUUCAGGACACAUCUCUCAACUGAUGAAGCACAUGCACAAGAAGAGAAGAGAAUUCCUGCGUAUCAUUAUUCUACUAUUGAGAGCCACAGGCUAGCCCGAGUAACUCAGUACCGUCGAGAUCACUGCCGAGAGGCAAACGAAAAGGUAUCGAAAGAGCAAACGCAUGAAGAAAGCGAUCCGUACGGGUUUUGGACUUCUUCAUAA